CGAUGCUCCCCGCGCUCGCCCGCCGCCUCCCCGCGCUCGCGCCGCUCGCGCGCGCGAACGCGAACGCGCUCUUCCUCCGAUCCUUCGCCGCGGACGCCGGGGGCGACGUCCAGGACGUCGUCGUCAUCGGCGGCGGGCCCGGAGGCUACGUCGCCGCGAUCAAAGGCGCGCAGCUCGGCAUGAAGGUGACGUGCGUCGAGGGGCGCGGGACGCUCGGGGGGACGUGCCUCAACGUGGGGUGCAUCCCGUCCAAGGCGCUCCUGCACGCGUCGCAUCUGUUCCACGACGCGAACCACACGAUGGCGAAGCACGGGAUCACCGUCGGCGAGGUCUCCAUCGACGUCGGCAAGAUGAUGGCGCAGAAGUCCAAGUCCGUGGAGGGCCUCACGAAGGGCAUCGAAGGGCUCUUCAAGAAGAACAAGGUGACCUACGUCAAAGGGUGGGGCUCGCUGACGUCGAAACCGGGCGAGGUCUCCGUCGCCGCCGCGGACGGGACCACGGUCACGAUCAACGCGAAGAACGUCAUCCUCGCGACGGGGUCGGAGCCCGCGUCCCUGCCGGGCGUGGACGUGGACGAGAAGCAGGUCGUCACCUCCACGGGCGCGCUCGACCUCGCCGAGGUGCCCAAGCGCAUGGUCGUCAUCGGCGGCGGCGUCAUCGGCCUCGAGCUCGGCUCCGUCUGGUCGCGGCUCGGCUCGGCGGUCACCGUCGUCGAGUUCGGGAAGGACAUCUGCCCGCCCAUGGACGGCCAGGUCCGGAAGACGUUCCAGCGCGCGCUGAAGAAGCAGGGGUUCGACUUCAAGAUGCAGAAAAAGGUAACCGCCGCGAAGAAGCAAAAGGACGGCUCGAUUCUCCUCACCGUGGAGCCCUCCGCGGGCGGCGAGGCGGAGUUUCUCGAAGCCGACGUCGUCCUCGUGUCCACGGGGCGCAAGCCGUACACGACGAACCUCGGGCUCGCGGACGCGGGCGUGGAGGUGAACGGCAAAGGCCAGGUCGUGGUGGACAUGCACACGUACAAGACGAACAAAGAUGGCGUCUACGCCAUCGGCGACAUCGUCGAAGGCCCGAUGCUCGCGCACAAAGCCGAGGAGGAGGGCAUCUCUUGCGUGGAGCAACUCGCGGGUAAAUCCGGGCACGUCAACUACGACGUGAUCCCGUCCAUCGUAUACACGCACCCGGAAGUCGCGUGGUGCGGGAAGACCGAGGAAGAGCUCAAGGCGGCGGGGACGGAGUAUAACGUCGGGACGUUUCCGUUCGCGGCGAACUCGCGCGCGCGGACCAACGACGACUCCGAAGGCCUCGUGAAGUUCGUCUCGUGCAAGCACACGGAUAAGAUCCUCGGCGCGCACAUCGUCGGUCCGGCCGCGGGGGAGCUCCUCGCGGAGUGCGUGCUCGCGAUGGAGUACGGCGCGAGCACGGAGGACAUCGCGCGGACGUGCCACGGGCACCCAACGUUGUCCGAGGCGGUGAAGGAAGCCGCGCUCGCGACGGGCGGGAAGGCGAUUCACUUUUAAUUUUCUCCGCGAGUGGAGAGGAGGACAGACGAAACGGUUGAGUGACGGCCGUUUCGUUUCGUCAAUCUAGUCGUGUAAGAAGAAGACUACCCCAGCGUGCGUGUGCUGCGCUUU